AUGAAUCGCAGAUAUAGGGCGUCAAAGAACGAUGCUUUCAAGUCAGUGUUGAUCUGUGUAGCGCUUGGUAGUGCAGCUCGGAUGCUUCGCCUGUUCACUGUGCACUUACUGGGCUGCCCCCCUCCGGCUCCACCCGCUAAGACUGCCUUUCCAGUGCGCCCAUUGGCACACGCGGCCGGACAUGCAAAUCCACACUUCCCAUUGAUAUUUUCCAGAAAGGACAGAGAAAAGGGGGAAAGGCAGGCGUGUUUCCAUCGCUCCACUGCGCCACUGUGCGGUAAACCACCCACUGUGGAUCCUCUCCACUUGACGUCACCUUACAUGCACAGGCGCAAAAAGAAGCAAAUUCGAAAAAUGGCAACCCCAGAAAACACUCCUCAAGAUGCAUACAAUGAGCUGAAGGCCAUUUACGAGACGGAGCUGGCGAAUGUCCGUGCGACUCGGGACUCAGAGCGUGAACGUCUGCAGGUGGAGUUGAGCAAGCUGAGGCUGGAAUUACAGGAUCUGGAAGAAAGCUUGGGAAAAGGCCGAAAGGAGCUGGCGGCUGAGGCUCUCAGGAGGGUGAAUGGAGAGAAACGCAUUCAAACCCUUAAAAAGGAGCUGGAGUUUCAAAAGAAGCUGCAUUCCGCGGAGUUGCGCGAGGUCAAACGCCGGCACGAGUCUUGCAUGGUGGAGUUGGAAAACGCCCGCCAGAAAAAUGAUAGCAAACUGGCCAACGCCAUCAAGGAGAUGCAAAGCCAGCUUGAACUUCAUAAACUCUACAUUUAUAAAAAGGUUGCAGCCCAUAGUGUAAAAAUGGAGGAGGCUCUGUCUACAGGGUGGAACCUCUGGAAGAAAUCCCGAGAAAUGAGGGAGCGGAUGCAGCAGAACCUGGAUGAGUAUCAGGAGCUAAGGGAUGUCAAACCAGUGCUGGAUAUGGAGAUAAAUCCCCACAGGGAGCAGCUUGACAGCGAGGAGGAGAGGGUACGCCCGACCACGUCGGCCAGCGGGAAGAGGAAGCGUCUCAACACUGACAACACCGUGGGAUAGAGGAAACGGCCAGCAAAAUAUAUAUCAACACAAACGGUGUUGGUAAAGAAUGAAUC